CGGGCAUAAAACAUUUGAUCUGUAUAUGGAAUUUAAACGCCACCACUAAUGUAACUGUAAACUUUUUCAAUGCAGGAAUAUUGCACUUGAAACACAAGCAAAUACCAGUACCACCCAUAAGAUGAAUGCACCAUUUAUAAAUAGGCUACACCUGUGCUUUUCAAAGUGCAUAGACAGACCAAACAGAACACAACACUUUUACAAAGAAGGGCCUAGAUAUGGUCCAUAAAUAGUUUAGGAAAGCACAUAACGAGAGUACAUGAUAACUAGUCUAAGCCCAGCCGUUUAAAAACUAACGACAUUAUAAUAAACUUUAAGCUUGGUAUCCUGGAAAUUGUAAAUUCACAUCGCCAUCUGGUGGCGGAAAUAUAGAUUAUGUGGUCAACGAGAAUGCAGAGCAACCAAACUAACAUGUGACGUCAUGCGGCGAGGGGGUGGGGAUGGGGAUGGGUAUCAAACUCUCUCUAUUGAUUGGUUACUUGACCUCUUACCGCCAAUUAUCUUCUAGUUUGCAGGCGGGACUAUGUCUGUUCUAGAACAGUGGACAACCGGAAGUAAUUAAUUAUUUGGAAACUUUUAUCAAACGCGAAUCGGCUUUAAAACUAAUAGGUGUACAUUUAUCUAGGGGCAAAAUUGAUGUAGCAGGUGGGAGUUUUAUUUCGUAGAGUUAGUUAACUUACUGAGAGACUUUUAACCGUUCGGACAGCAUGGAUCAUUAGCUUUGUUUACAUGGGGAAUCAGCUGACAAGCUAACGGCUUAGCUUGGAUAUAAUCGAGUCAUAUGAGUUGAUAAUUAUCCAUCACCUUUGUCCUUGUGACUGAAACUUAGCAUUUGUAAAUAAGCUAACAUUCAUGUACAGUAGUGGAGGGUUUUCUUAGGUCUUCUUGAGCUGUUGAAAGGGCAACAAUGCUAAGCUAACGUUAAAUGUCUCGAGCAUUAGCAACGGUUUCUAGACAAGUCAAGUUCUUUUGUCACCGAACCUGCAGCCAGUUUUAAAGGCCUUACGCGUCUUUAUGUGAAGAUGCCUUGUUCCUGUGGGAACUGGAGACGAUGGAUUCGGCCGUUGGUUGUUGUGCUGUAUAUUUUGUUGCUUAUAGUCGUCCUGCCCUUGUGCAUCUGGGGACUGCAAAAGUCAGAGGUUGGCACACAUAAUAAAGCAUGGUUCAUCGCUGGGAUAUUUGUCUUCAUGACCAUACCCAUAUCAUUAUGGGGCAUUCUUCAGCAUUUGGUUCACUAUACUCAGCCAGAGCUUCAGAAACCUAUCAUCAGGAUAUUAUGGAUGGUCCCAAUCUACAGCCUGGACAGUUGGAUUGCAUUAAAAUACCCUAGUAUAGCAAUUUACGUGGAUACAUGCAGAGAGUGCUAUGAGGCCUAUGUCAUCUACAACUUUAUGACCUUCUUGCUUAACUACCUGGAAAACCAGUACCCCAACCUAGUGAUGAUGCUGGAGGUCCAGGAGCAGCAAGAACACCUGCCUCCUCUCUGCUGCUGUCCACCGUGGCCAAUGGGAGAGGUUCUAUUGUUGAGAUGUAAACUGGGAGUGUUGCAGUACACAGUUGUAAGACCUGUCACAACAGUGAUUGCCUUGAUCUGUCAGCUCUGUGGAGUGUAUGAUGAAGGAAACUUCAGCUCGAAAAAUGCAUGGACGUACCUCGUCAUCUUCAACAAUAUGUCACAGCUGUUUGCCAUGUACUGCCUGGUGCUGUUCUACAGGGCUCUCAGAGAGGAACUGAGUCCCAUCCAUCCAGUGGGCAAAUUCCUAUGUGUCAAAAUGGUGGUGUUUGUCUCUUUUUGGCAAGCUGUGUUCAUUGCUAUCCUGGUGAAAGUGGGUGUUAUCUCAGAGAAUCAUACUUGGGACUGGAAAAGUGUGGAAGCUGUUGCUACUGGCUUACAGGAUUUCAUCAUUUGUGUGGAGAUGUUUCUGGCAGCCAUUGCCCACCACUUCAGCUUCACCUACAAGCCUUAUAUCCAAGAGGCCGAGGAGGGCUCUUGCUUUGAGUCUUUCAUGGCAAUGUGGGACAUCUCUGAUGUGAGAGCAGACAUUUCUGAGCAAGUCCGCAAUGUUGGGAGAACAGUAAUGGGCCGUCCAAGAAAGUUCUACUUCACCGAGGCACAGAAUGACAGUGAGCGAUCUGGCCUGCUCUCUUCAGGCUCCCAGGAUGCCAUUGCUGAGGCGGCAUCUAACCCGGUGUCACCCAAUGGUCAGUACCAGGGCCUGGGGAAAACACUCACGCCUCAUUCUUUGUCAGCUCCUGCUGGGCUCAGCUCGGCCUCAUGGGAUGAAGGAUAUGAGGCUGGACCUGAAGAGGCUGAGGAAGAAGAAAGGACCAACCAAACCAAAGAACCAAAAGAGGCAGAUCUCAUCGAGAUCACCUAGCCGAUCAUCAAGGCUGCUGUGGUUAAAAGACUACUAGACAUGUUGGGCAGGACCCAGUUACAGCCUUGCCAUUUACUUGCAGACAUUACUUAACUGAUGUAGCAUUAAACAAAACGGUUGCUAAAAAGCGCACAUCCACCAAGUAACUGUAGACAUAUGCCAACAAAUGUAAAACCAGAUGGACCUCUCAGCCUGCGACAGCUCCGAGAAUGUUCAGUGAGGUUACAGCACUAAAUGAUUUGUAGAUAAUGUGCAUUUUAUGGAGCUUUUGUUGUACUAGGGAGUAGGCUGUGCCAGAAUGGUGUUAUCAUUACACUUGGGAAAGAUGCAGUGUAUGCUAAGUUUUAACAUGCAUCCCAAAGAGCACACUUUUUCUCAAAGAACCCAGCAUGAAGAUAUAUACUUUCCAAGUGGGGAAAUGUCAGACAGUUGUGUGUGUCAGCUCACUUAUAUCAUUGUCUCAAAUGUGAAAGAUGAUAUUAUGCAACUUUUAGAACAGAAAUGUUAUCGUCACAGCUUUAUAGUGAUUUUGGAAAACAUUUGACUGAAAUGAGCAGUGAUUAUAAAUGAAAAUCUGCUGUAAUGAAGCACCUUUAGAUGUCCAGAAUCAUGAUGUUUCUGUUCUAGCCUGUAGAAGAUAUGUCUCCAUGUGGGAGGGGAUGAAAAGUGCAGAAGCAAGGAGUUUUUCGGGGUCUGGGUUUAUGGUUUGAAUACAGUUCAAGUAUUAAAACACUGUACACAAUUCAGUCUGAAGCUGUACAGCGAUCAUGUUCUAGUAAGUUCCUGUCAGUGUUUUACUGCAUACCACUCACUCAAUAGUGUUUAACAGAAACUUAAAGCUACAGUAUGAAACUCCAAAUCAGUCCGCUCUGCUCCGCCCAGCGCUCCCUCUUCCUGAUAGAUAUUCAGAUAUUUAUAAUCAUGAAAUUACAGUAAAUCGGGCUGCAACAAAACCUGACAAUCACGCAGAAAUAAUUGAAAAUCUCUGAUUGGUUAGAGAGGUCAGUCCUGCUCAAAACCUUUUAGAAGCCAACAUCUCU